CAAGUUUAAUCUUCCUUCCCCAUAUCUUGUAAUUGAAAAUGAAUUUAAAUUUGGUCUACCUUUUUCAAGCGGCCGGCAUUCUGGCUCCUAGCAUGAGCGCUGGUGCCAUUGGUUAUAUUUCUGCUCAAGUGGUUCCUCUUAUUUUAUUAGCACCUGCAGACAUUGGACUUGUUCAAUUUAAAUAUAUGUAUACGCUUGGCAAACGAACUUUCCCUUUUAUUGCUAUCGGAAGUACGGUAGUCCAAGGAUGUUUGGCCUAUUGGGAAAGACGGCGUAGUGUCUUGUCUUCCAACCUAUACAUUAUAUCUGGAACAUGUAGUGCGCUCAUUGUUAUUUACAUUCUAAUGUUCAUGAAGAAUACCAAUAGCACACUGCUUAGUAUGAAUCCAGACAAAGUUUUGAGGUCUACAGACGCAACGGAGACUUUUCGGAAAUUGCUUAAUAAAUGGAGCAUGAAAAGUUUGUUCCGAAGUGUUUUAUUGUGCACUUCUGCGCUUGCCUCUUUCGCUGGAACCUUUCUAUUUUAAUCCAUGUUUCUCUUAACCUUUCAUAUUUCAUCUUGCUUUUACGAAUCUUUAGUCCAUACUUAGUUUAGGUAAAGAAGGAUUUAAUGUUUCAAUCAAUAAUAUAACGGAUAUUUUAAGUAAAACAUCGCAGUUUCUUGUCGUUGUUAUCGUUGCUGGAUACAGAAAAAGCGUUCAAUAAAGUACCAAUUUUCACUGCUUUUUUCUUUUAAAAUAAUAGAUUAACAAAAUAUGAUUUAAC